AUGUCAGCUCCACAAAAAAUAGCAGACUCAUUUCAAAAAGCUUUAAAUAUUUCAUCAUCUCCAAAUGAAGUUUCAACAUCACCAACUCAAUCAUAUUUAAGUCAAUAUAUACCUUCAAAACCAACAAAAGCAUUAAAACCUUUUUCAACAGGUGAUAUCAAAAUACUAUUGUUAGAAAAUGUCAAUCAAACAGCUAUUAACAUAUUCAAAAAUCAAGGAUAUCAAGUUGAAUUUUAUAAAUCUUCAUUACCAGAAGAUGAAUUAAUUGAAAAAAUUAAAGAUGUUCACGCUAUUGGUAUAAGAUCUAAAACAAAACUUACAGAAAAAGUAUUAAAAAAUGCUAAAAAUUUAGUAGUUAUUGGAUGUUUUUGUAUUGGUACUAAUCAAGUUGAUUUAAAUUUUGCUGCUAAAUCAGGUAUUGCUGUUUUCAAUUCACCUUUUUCAAAUUCAAGAUCAGUUGCUGAGUUAGUUAUAGCUGAAAUAAUUACUUUAGCUAGACAAUUGGGUGAUAGAUCUAUUGAAAUGCAUACUGGAACUUGGAAUAAAGUUAGUUCAAAAUGUUGGGAAAUUAGAGGUAAAACUUUAGGUAUUGUAGGAUAUGGUCAUAUUGGAUCUCAAUUAUCUGUUUUAGCUGAAGCAAUGGGUAUGAAUGUUAUUUAUUAUGAUGUCAAUACUAUAAUGGCCUUAGGUAAUUCAAAACAAGUUGAUACUUUAGAUGAAUUAUUGAAAAAAGCUGAUUUUGUUACUUUACAUGUUCCUGCAACUGCUGAAACCAAGAAUUUAUUAAGUGCUCCGCAAUUUGCAGCAAUGAAAGAUGGAUCAUAUGUUAUAAAUGCUUCAAGAGGUACAGUUAUUGAUAUACCUGCUUUAGUUCAAGCCAUGAAAGCUGGUAAGAUUGCCGGUGCUGCUUUAGAUGUUUAUCCACAUGAACCUGCAAAGAAUGGUGAAGGAUUAUUUAGUGAUAAUUUAAAUGAUUGGGCAAGUGAUUUAGUUUCUUUAAGAAAUGUUAUAUUAACCCCUCAUAUCGGAGGAUCAACUGAGGAAGCUCAAUCAGCUAUUGGUGUCGAAGUCGCUAAUGCUUUAACCAAAUAUGUCAAUGAUGGUACAUCUCUAGGAGCAGUGAAUUUCCCAGAAGUUGCUUUAAGACCAUUAGAUUUAGAUCAACAAAAUGUUGUUAGAGUAUUAUAUAUCCAUCAUAAUGUUCCUGGUGUUUUAAAAACUGUCAAUAAUAUUUUAUCAAAUCAUAAUAUUGAAAAACAAUUUUCAGAUUCUCAAGGUGAUAUUGCUUAUUUAAUGGCUGAUAUUUCUGAUGUAGAUAUUAGUGAUAUUAAAUCAUUAUAUGAACAAUUAGAACAAACUCCAUACAAAAUUGCUACAAGAUUGUUAUAUUAG